AUGUCUGGGUCGAACAAAAUCGAGCAGUUCUUCACUGGUCGUCCGGAUUCCUACGUACCCGCACGAACAAUGGGCAACCAUCUAGGCGUCUCACCGGAAUUUUACAAGCGUCACACUUUUCUGUUGAACCAUGCACAUCAUUUUGGCAUGGGAAUGCUUGCUGGACCAUUCCGAGCAGUCAUGUCUUACUACGGUGUCAUCGGACCGGUUGCUGUCUUUAUGCAUACUGGUCUUCGCAUCAUGCUGGACCAACUGAUGGAGACUACCGCGAAUGUGUCAGCGGCUCCUUGGACGUGGCCGAUCAACGAGCAGGUUAUCGACAUCCUGCAUAAGGGAACGUAUGCACUUGUCACUGGCUAUAUAUGCGAUAAGAUGGUGAGGGGCGUAGAUUGGCUUAACAGCUAA